CUCGCUGCUAUCGCGGAGCGGCAGCGGCUCAACUUGCAGAGUGCUCCCAGCCAGCGGCUGCUCUCCUUGGGGUCCCAGAGCGUCGCCUCCCCAUGUGCCGGAUCUGGAUCUGGAUGUUCACGCAGACCUCACGCCAGCCCUCGUCAGUAUGUCGAACCCGACCCACGACCCGUUCUACUCUUCCCCGUUCGGACCCUUCUACCGGAGACACUCGCCCUACAUGGUCCAGCCGGAGUACCGCAUCUACGAGAUGAACAAGCGACUCCAGGCGCGCACGGAGGUGAGUACAGUCCGGGGUCGGGCAGCGGGGGGUCCGGGGCCGGGCAGCGGCUGGAGUGGAGGGGAGGUCCCGGUGGAGCUCCGGUUUGGGAGCGGUAGAGUCACGGGAGAGUUGUGUGAGGCUCCGGGAUCGGUCGGUCGGUGGAGGAGCGGUCCGGUGCCCACGUGCCAAACAUUCCAAAACUCCUCGUGUUAUCAGGUGGUAUUAGCCUGUAGCUGUGAGCUAAAGUGCUCCUCCCCAUGUUAUCUGGUGGUAUUAGACUGUAGCUGUGGGCUAACGUGCUCCUCCCUAUGUUAUGGGCUAACGUGCUCCUCCCCAUGUUAUAAGGUUGUAUUAGCCUGUAGCUGUGAGCUAACGUGCUCCUCCCCCUGUCGUCAGGUGAGCACGGAGGGCCGGCUGAUCCUGGAGUUCUCCUUCGACGACCUCAUGAGGAUCCGGACCUGGCACUUCACCAUCCGGCAGUACCGGGAGCUGGUGCCACGCAGCGUCCUGGCCAUGCAUGCCCAGGAGCCCCAGGUCCUGGAGCAGCUCUCCAAGAACAUCACGCGUAUGGGACUGACCAGCUUCACACUCAACUACCUCCGGCUCUGCGUCAUCCUGGAGCCGAUGCAGGAGCUGAUGUCCAGACACAAGUCCUACAACCUGAGCCCACGAGACUGUCUGAAGACCUGCCUGUUUCAGAAGUGGCAGCGCAUGGUGGCUCCCCCAGCUGGACACCCACAGAACUUCAAAACCGAAAUAUUCCCCACAAGUCACAAAAAAGGUCGGGCUAAGGCUGAACCGGCCCGCCCCCCCGCCACCAAGAGGAGAAAAAGGAAGAACUCGGCUAGCAGCGCCAACAGCGCCGCUGGGGCUGCUGGGAAAAAGAGAAGCCCCGCCUCCAAUUUCAGCCUCUCCAGUCAGGUACCUGAUGUGAUGGUGGUGGGCGAGCCCACCCUGAUGGGGGGGGAGUUCGGCGACGAGGACGAGCGUCUGAUCACGCGUCUGGAGAACACGCAGUACGACGCGUCCAACGGCCUGGACGACGAGGACGACUUCAGCGGCUCCCCCGCCCUGGGGAACAACAGCCCCUGGGGCUCCAAGGCCCAUCCCCCCCAGGACACCAAGCCCGAAACCGCCGGCCCCCAGCCCUCCCAGUAGCCCCCUCCCAGUAACCUCUGGUAUCAGAGGGUCAGUCUAGUGUUGGAGGAGGUCCGUCUGACCCUCUCCAGAGGAUCAGCUGGCAGCAAUACCCCCCCCCCCCCCCGAGACUACUUCCUGUCUGCUCCUGAGUGAAGCUACCCGGUGGAACCAGAACGUUUUGUAACGAAUCUCUUGGACAUUUCCCUCCAGGAACUUUUGAGACUCUAGAAAAGCCAGCCCAUGUGAUUGGUGGAUCUGCAGGUCACAUGGCCACCCUGAGGGGCGUGGCUUCAGUAGAGUUGUGUUUCUGCAUCGCAGGCCGACUAAGACCCUGUUGAAUACAUUUGCAUUUUUAUUGGAAACUCAGUGGCCUGUCUCUGUUCCCGUCUCUGGACCUCCGCUCCACAGAAGCUGGUGUUUUAUCGCCCAUGUUGUGAAUUCAAGCAGAUCUUGAAUUGUGUUUAUAGUCAGUUGGUAUUUUGCUUAUUUUUCUGAUCUGUGGCACCAUGUUGUAAUUCUCCACACCAGCGAGACACUGAGUCCUCCAUGUUGACUUCCCAGAACAUGACCGUACCUCCUGAAAGAAUUCUCCUGGGCCGUACCUCCUGAAAGAGUUCUUCUGAACAAGAUCUUAUGAACAUGAACAUGAUCUCCUGAAUGAGAUCUUCUGAACAUGAACAUGAUCUCCUGAACAAGGUCUUCUGAAUGAUAUCUCCUGAACGAGAUCUUCUGAACAUGAACAGGCUCUUAUGAACUUGAUCUUCUGAACGUGAUCCUUGCUCCAGUAUCUUCAACCAGCUGAGGCUCUACAACGGUUCCUGCAUGAUUUUAUAAAAGUGUUUUGGGUUUAUAUGUGACAUUUUUCAAGGCGCAUCCAUCUGUGUGUCUGGUAGUGUUUAGGAGAGAUAAGUAGCUCUGUAUAUAGAGGAGGUUCUCGUGACUACAUGAGGGGGUUCUCCUGUCUAUAUAGAGGAGGUUCUCCUGUCUCUACAUGGAGGAGGUUCUCCUGUCUACAUAGAGGGGGUUCUCCUGUCUGUAUAGAGGAGGUUCUCCUGACUACAUAGAGGAGGUUCUCCUGUCUACAUAGAGGAGGUUCUCCUGUCUCUACAUGGAGGAGGUUCUCCUGACUACAUAAAGGAUGUUCUCCUAACUAUAUAGAGGAGGUUCUCCUGUCUAUAUAGAGGAGGUUCUCCUGUCUAUAUAGAGGAGGUUCUCCUGUCUAUAUAUAGAGGGGGUUCUCCUGUCUACAUAGAGGAGGUUCUCCUGUCUAUAUAGAGGAGGUUCUCCUGUCUAUAUAGAGGAGGUUCUCCUGUCUAUAUAGAGGAGGUUCUCCUGUCUAUAUAUAGAGGGGGUUCUCCUGUCUAUAUAUAGAGGGGGUUCUCCUGUCUAUAUAGAGGAGGUUCUCCUGACUCCCCCAGACACCGUGGUCGUCGGGCCAGUGGUGGUUCUUCACCACUGGCCUUUCUUCUCAUUUCUAUAGGCUAGAGCAGCAUCUGCCAAAACAUCUGUCCCAUCUUAACCCAUAGCCAGACCAGUACCAAAGCCCCCUGGUAGACCAGUCUACUGAAUCCCAGUUGGACCAGUACCAAAGCCCCCUGGUAGACCAGCAGUAUCAGAGGACCCUGGUAUACCAGUACCAAAGCCCCCUGGUUGACGAGUCUACUGGAUCCCAGUUGGACCAGUACCAAUCUCCCCUGGUAGACCAAUCUACUGGAUCCCACUAGGACCAGUACCAAAGCCCUCUGGUAGACCAAUCUACUGGAUCCCACUUGGACCAGUACCAAAGCCAACUGGUAGACCAGCAGUAUCAGAGGACCCUGGUAUACCAGUACCAAAGCCCUCUGGUAGACCAGUCUACUGGAUCCCACUAGGACCAGUCCCACCCUGGUAGACCGGUCUACUGGCUGGUCUCCGGAUAGGUCGCCGCUGGCAGAGAUGCAACCCAGAGCUUCAGAAAGGUUUGAAUCCCUCUUUGUUUUCUUGGUUCUCCAUCUGGUCCUUCUUCUGGUGGACUCUGGUCUGAACUGGACUUUGGUCUGAAGUGGUCUCUGGUCUGAGGUUGACUGUGGUCUGAAGGUGGACUCUGGUCUGAGGUGGUCUCUGGUCUGAGGUUGACUCUGGUCUGAAGUUGGACUCUGGUCUGAGGUGGUCUCUGGUCUGAGGUUGACUCUGGUCUGAAUGUGGUCUCUGGUCUGAAGAUGGACGAUGUCUUUCUACAUUGGAGAAUAAUGAGUAUUUAUUUGUGCAUUUGAAAGGAAGCAACCAUUUCCAAACAUGUUGAGCCCAGUGUGACGUUUGUACAGGAUAUAGCAGAGGUGAUUAUGUCAGAUGUCUGGUGUGUAUGCUUUACCAUUACGUGUUCUAAUAAACCUUACAAACCCGG